AUGGCAGGUAACAAGGAUCUAAAGAUGAAAGCUCCGAAGAAAGAGUAUGAAGGGGAAACAUUGAAGGAGGCUUAUGAGAGGGACAUGUUCGAGACCAUGCAGCGUUAUUGGGCUAUGCUCUUAAUGUUCCGUGAUCAGAACAAAUCCAUUGAAGCAAGACAUCAGGAGGAGCUCAAUAAGGUUCACAUUGCUGCUAAACUGGAGUUUCUCGAAGAAUGCGAAGGUCUCUUUUCAAUGUACCAUGAGAAGAAGAAGACAGAGUUCGAGCUGGUCCUUGUCGAAUCCAAGCUUGAAGAUGUUAAGGUCCCUACCAUCGAUUGGUUCAAAUUGGGUGAGCCAAUGAUGUAUGAGUGA